AUGUCCCGGGUCCCGGAGUGGAAGAGGGCAGAGUGUAGUCCAGGAGCUCCUGGGGCCAGCUGCGAUGGCAGAGGUGGCAGAGGCAGCAAUGGGAGUGACUCCUCAGGCGGUUUGGGGCCUAGAGCCGCAGGCUCCCAUGAACCACCACUCUGCUUUAGACUGGAGAACCAUCUGGUUGGCUCAGUCAUUGGUCAUGGUGGGUCAAGAAUAAAAGACCUACAGCAUUCGACAAACACUAAAAUACAGAUAAUAAGGGGGGAUUCCGAAGCAGUAAAAAUUUUUGGCAGCAAAGAUACGAAAGCAAAGGUCAAGGCAGCUUUAGAUACUCUUAUUAAAAGACAAGAAAGGUACCGUUCAGAAUCGGAUGUGGAUAAUGCUGCGUCCCAACCUCCUGUUGGGAGAGACGUAAGCAUAGUUAACGUUGUCAGAGAAGCUCCGCCAUUGAUUGAUUGGGAUCGUAUUAAGGCAGAAGCCGUGGCCUGGGAGAAAAGAAAAUGGGCAGAUUUACCACCAAUUAAGAAAGACUUUUACAUAGAAUCCAAAGCUACAAGCUCCAUGUCUAAAGAGCUGGUAGACACGUGGAGGAAAGAGAAUUACAACAUAAUGUGUGAUGACUUGAAAGGUGGUGAGACGUGCCCCAUCCCUAAUCCAGCUUGUAAAUUUGAGGACGUUUUCUAUCCAUACCCAGAACUUAUGAAAAGCAUAACAAGGGUGGGUUUUCAAAAACCAACACCAAUUCAGUCACAGGCAUGGCCCAUUGCUUUAAAAGGAGUAGAUCUUAUAGGAGUUGCCCAAACUGGCACAGGCAAAACAUUGUCCUACUUAAUGCCUGGGUUUAUUCAUCUUGAUUGUCAACCGAUAUCUAGAGAACAAAGGAAAGGACCUGGCAUGCUAGUCCUCACUCCCACCAGAGAAUUAGCUCUUCAGGUGGAAGCUGAAUGUUCUAAAUAUUCAUAUAAAGGUCUGAAAAGUAUUUGUAUAUAUGGUGAGAGAGAAAGACAAAUUCAAUGCAUUACCAAAGGUGUAGAUAUCAUUAUUGCAACUCCUGGAAGACUGAAUGACUUGCAAAUGAAUAACUUCGUUAACCUACAAAGCAUUACCUACUUGGUCUUAGAUGAGGCAGAUAAAAUGCUGGAUCUGGGGUUUGAGCACCAGAUUAAGAAAAUUUUGUUAGAUGUGCGCCCAGAUAGGCAGACUGUUAUGACAACUGUGACUUGGCCAGAUUCUGUCCGUAGACUUGCACAGUCUUAUUUGAAAGAGCCUAUGAUUGUUUAUGUUGGCACUCUGGAUCCAGUUGCUGUAAACACAGUGAAGCAAAAUAUAAUCGUUACCACAGAAGCAGAAAAACGAGCUCUUAUCCAAGAAUUCCUAGAGAAUAUGUCACCCAGCAAAGUCAUAGUGUUUGUCAACCAAAAACUUGUUGUUGAUGACUUAUCAAGUGAUUUUGGUAUCCAAGGCCUCCCUGUGCAAUCACUACAUGGUGACAGAGAGCAAUGUGAUCGAGAGGAAGCAUUAGAAGACUUUACAAGUGGAAAAGUGAAGAUAUUGAUUACAACUGAUUUAGCAUCCCGAGGCCUUGAUGUUAAUGAUAUCACACAUGUAUAUAAUUAUGAUUUCCCAAAAUCUGAAGAGUAUAUACACAGAGUAGGGCGUACUGGACGAGCAGGAAAGACUGGAACAUCAAUUACCCUUAUCACUCAAGAUAAUUCAAAGAUUGCCAAUGAAUUGAUUCAAAUUCUGAAAAAAGCAAAUCAGAGUGUCCCAGAAGUUCUUGUAGCGAUGGCCAAGUGA